GUAAAGAGAUUGUGGUUUCAGAUUACAGAUUUAUUGUGAUCACUAGGCGUUAACGGGAGGUGGUAUAUGACUGUAUUAUGGUUUGGCAAGAGCCUGUGUAAGCCUAUGCCUCCUGCCCCAUGGUUAGCAGUUAGAAGCCCCGUACCCGCAACAAGAAAUUAGUGUGAACAAUUUUGCUGGAAAUGGAUAUGGAGAAAGACAGCGAGUUAGCUCACUGUCCCUUCCCACUUGCACAUGUGACGCUCAGUGUCAUGCGCAUCAACCAUGUCGACUGACCUACAUAUGACAGGCGCCCUGCACUCGAGAGGUGUGACUUCAUUACGGAUACAAUAAGUGAAAGAUAAGGAUGGAAGACUUUGACUUCCCCCCGGUGCCAUCAUCUCCACCCAGCAGUCCAAAUCCUCCACCUUCCGAUGAGCCUGACUUAGAGUGGUGUUUGCAAAGAAUGCAUGAUGUUGCUUUAAUAUAUGUCGACGACGACCAGGAGGAAGCUUUUAACAUAUUGACCGAAAUGACUAAGGGGACAAAGCUUGAUGUCCGUCUGCAGACAGACGAGGUUUUUGGCGGAAGUAUUGUUGAGAGACCUUGGAUAAUUGCCAAACUAUGCUGGCUUGUGUUAGUAGUUCAAACACAUCGUACAACCAACGACAUGGUAGCAAAAUUCACUAGAGACGAACUAAUUGCGAAAAUUCGUGUCACAGAGGCCAAGGAUUAUAUUCGCCCCCUUUGCACUGAAAAAGGACUUCCAAACUUAUCAGGUCUGGCAUCUAUUGAAUCAUUACUUUGGGUUCCAUCAGCCAAAACGAGAACGAAGACAAAGAUUGAGGACUAUAUUGAAUGGCAAAAGAAACAGGAUGUAAAACGGCGCAUCGAAAAUUUGAAACUUGAAGCUCCGGUGAAACUCUGUGACCCGACAACCAAACGCCUCUCUCCCGAUUUACAGGAAUAUGAUAUGAGAGGCGGUCAAAAAGGGCUACUGUUUAUCAUCAACAACUACGAAUUUACAGAAAGAUUUUCCAGAAGAGAUGGCAGUUGUAAAGACGCAGAGUCUCUGAAAACAUUGUUUGAGCAGUUUGGAUUUAAAGUUGAAACGGAGAACAAUCUGACAGCUCAGGGCAUGAGGGAUGCAUUUGAGAAACAUGUCAAAGAAUUUGAGCAGAGUGACUAUUGCUGCUUCGCUACUGCCAUUUUAUCACAUGGCAAAAAUGGUGGCGUAUUCGGCACAGAUGCCAACUUCGUGUCUUUCAAGGAAAUUAAGGAUAUGUUUAUGGAAAAACGCUGGAUACAUCAUAUAAACAAACCAAAGUUGUUCUUUAUUCAAGCUUGUCAGCAAGGUCCUACUUUGUUCGCUGAGAUCAAUGUCAAUCCUCGCAAAUCGGCCCGGGAAGCACAUUAUUACUGGGCCUCAGCAACCGUACCUGGUUACGUGGCGCUGAGGGAUGAAGAAGAUGGAUCGUAUUUCAUUCAAUGCCUUGUGGAUGUAUUCAAAAAGUAUGCCCAUAAAUACCCUUUGGGACAAUUGAUGACUAAAGUUAGGUGCGACGUUUCGCGCAUCACAUCGCUCAGAGACGAAGAAAGCAGAGUUCAAGUCACUCAUUCAAACGAAACCUUAGAAAAGGAGCUGUUCUUCUAUCCAGGGAUCACAGGACAUAUCUGAACUCAAACUGUAUACAAAUAAGUUUAGAGAUUGAACUUUAGCAUAUAAACCUAAUUGCUUCCUGAAUUCAAGCACACAUUGACCUUGUGGCCACGUAUAGAUUGUCAUUUCACGUCAGACAAAACAUGUCAAAUGAUCUGUGAGAUAAGAUAUUAACUCAUUAUCAUCAGAAACAGAGACAAAAAUAAAGAAGCACAAAGAGACUGAAAGCAGAAAGGCAGCAGUUUCAUAUAUUGGCUGGUUCGCUCACAUUAAUGUUUUAACGGGGAGAAAGGUUACAGGCUUUUCUCAUGGUAACCAUAUGGGGAAUGGGGCCCGGGUCUUCAGGAUGACGAGGUAAUGCUUUAACCAGUCUGUCCUACUACUCAACUCCAUUGUGUGAACACUAUUGCAUCAUAGCUGCAGUGCAUUAAAGUUUAAAACGUA